AUGCGCUUUAUUUUGCACCUGUCAAGUUGGAUGGCAGCCCUCAUCGUCGUCUCCUCAGCCCUAAAAUUCAGCUCUCCGACUUCAGGUGCUGUGAUCGAUCCAACUCAGGCCAUUACAAUUUUGUGGUCCGUCAGCUAUACUGACCCCUCCGUGAUCGACCUCAAGCUCAGCAAUUCCGAUUCAGACGCGGAUUUGACUCUUGCGACUGGCGUGGUCUCAUAUACGGGGACAUAUAUUGUGCCAGCGGGCACUAUUCCGGGUUCUGGUUCUGGAUAUGUCCUUGUUGCCGUCGGCAAUGGCGCUACUCUCGCCCAAGUUGCCGGGUUAUCGCUGGGCGACACAGGCGACCAGAAUUCCGCUAUCGCCGAUGUGACAUUGAUCUCAACUCAGACUGUCGUUCCGACACCAGCUGGUCCCACCACUUUGGGUGCGACAGACGACACAAGCAGAGCCGUCCCUACAGCCUCUAUCGACUCAGUCGGCGUCACAACGUUGUCGGGAACAGCAGGUGAAAGCCAAUUUGUGGCUUCCAUUGCUCGCACUGACAGCAGCUUCGUCACAAGCACAGCCAGCAGAACGAGCAUCAGCUCGAGCUCUGCUACGGCAACGGCCGGGAGCACAAAUACCGCCAGUGGACAGAGACGACUUGAUGGCGAGCUUGUGCUCGGUGCCGCAGGUAUUGUGGCCGGCAUUGUAGCUCUUUUGGCAUAA